AUGAAGUUCCUCGCAUCCAUCGCCCUUCUCGCCGCGACCGUGUCGGCAGGCCCUGUCGUCAGCAGAGCCCCCAAGCAGUUCACCUUGAAGACCAGUGGCGCGAAGAAUGACGCGCACAAUGACCUCUACCUCUACUCUUACCACACCGGUGCUGGUCUAAGCGAUGCCGUUUUCUCUGAUGGUACUGCUCAUUCCGCUCACGUUUAUCUGAACGGCACCGAAGCUCUGGUUGACCUGGGAAAUACUUUCUCCUGGGGCAUUGUCGCUGGUGGCGACAGCAGCUAUUCCAACUGGGAUUCGGUCGAGAUCAACGCUGGUGCCAGCAGCAAGGGCUUCUCUAUUAAGGAUGGCAACUUUAUCUGGGCCCGAGAGGACGGAUUUGGUGGCUGGUUGGCCUGCGACUGGGUCCACGAUGCUCCUCAGCUGUUCUACCUUCACAAGAGCUUCGAGGGCGAUGUUCCCAGCAGCUGCGACAAGGUGGACCUCAAGCCUGAAUACUAA